AUGUGGGAUAGAAUGGUCACAGCUCAGAGCAGAAAAAAGUCUUAUGCAGACCUAAAGCGCAAGCAUGUUGAGUUUGAAGUUGGUGAUCAUGUAUUUUUGCGUGUGACUCCAAGGAAAGGAAUCUCAGUGAAGAGGGUAGCUUUACCACCAUCAUUUUCUGGGACGCACAAUGUAUUUCAUGUGUCCCAACUUCGAAAAUAUGUAUCCGACCCAUCGCAUGUGCUGAGCUACGAGACCUUGGGUUUGCAGGAGGAUUUGUCAUUCGAUGAGCGUCCAGUGAAAAUACUCGAUCGAAAGGAAAAAGUCAUAAGGAAUAAGACCAUUUCCUUGGUAAAUGUAUUAUGUAGGAACAGUGUUGUUGAGGAGGCAACCUGGGAAUUAGAGUUUGAUAUGCUGCAGGAGUAUUCUGAGUUGUUUGAAUAA